CCUAACUGCAGCAGGUAUGGUCUGCCUGGAUGUCCACGGGACUACCAUCCCGUUUGUGGCACCGAUGGACAGGUCUACGCAAAUGAGUGUGUGCUCUGCCUUUCAAACAGUGAAAAUAACAAGGAUGUCCAGAUUGUCAAAGAGGGAGAUUGCUGA